GAUAGACGGGAGUUACAAGUCGGCAUUAAAGUUCCGAUCCGGUAUUAUUUGGCAGUGAUCAACAGCAACAUAAUGCUGCAGUUUAUAUUCCUAGUUAUUUUGGCUUUUAAUCUAGAAAAUUCUGCAGCCCAGGAGUUGCGACGUGUGGACGACACGGAGUUAAUUCAACUCCUGACCGGCAACAGCAAUGUGGUCGUCCUAUUCAACAAAAACAAUUGCCAGCAAUGCUUGGAGUAUGAAAAUGUGGUCACGAAGAUACAUCCUCAAUUAAAGGAAACUUUGUCUGCCAUUGUGGUCCAGUCGGUGGACAGCAAUCUUGUCUCCAUUUACGACCCAAGUAAGGAACCUGCUCUGGUGUUCUUCAGGCGGGGAAUACCAAUUCUUUACCAUGGCGAGGUGAACGAUGACGAAAUCCUAGACUUCUUCUAUGACAAUUUGGAGCCAGCGGUCAAAGAGCUUUCCGACGACAACUUUGAGCACCUGACGCAGGCCUCAACGGGGGCCACAACCGGUGACUGGUUUAUCUUCUUCUAUUCCGCCGAGUGUACCGUCUGUCAGCGACUUUAUGCCGUCUGGGAAUCAGUGGGCGGAAAGCUGAAGCGAAAGUUGAACAUAGCCCGAAUGAACAGCUUAGAGUCUGGAAUCUCAACAGCAAAGAGACUGGGAGCUUUGGAAUCGCCGGCCUUUAUUUUCUUGAGGCAGGGGAAGAUGUAUCGCUAUUUGGCCAAGCAAUACAGUCCCGAGGCAUUUGUCCAGUUUGCCGAGAAGGGAUACUUAACCCAUAGCCAUCCUCAGCCAGUUCCAGAAAUACCCAGUGCCGUAAACGAAUUUUUGGGCCCACUCCAAAGUUAUUUCAAAUCCGAUAACAUAACGUCGUUGGCUACGUUGGGAAUUUUUGCAUUGGUCAUUGUUAUAUAUCUUACAAAAAAGAUAGUCAAAAAACUCAGUUCAGAGCCAGUGAAAACAAAAAAUAAGUCAAAAUAAAAUUAACAUUAAUAAUAAAACUAAAAUCGUUUUAAAUCAUCUAUCAAAUGUAAAUGCCCUGUAAAAUCAAACAAACGAUGAGCGCUAAAAUUCAACUACUGCAAUUCCUAACGCCACACAAACUGCCAGCUGUACCGUGAAACAGCGGAAUCGAAACAUGCAGAUACUUAAUAUCGCAAAAAAUCCAUUGUUCGUUUGUAUCGGAAACCAUACCUAUCCUAUCUCUUGAUUGGUUUCAAUUCAUUAGCGUGCCAGCAAACAAAAAUAUUUAGAGCGGGACUGCUGAGUUCAGAGGCUAACUCGGCUAGCAAUCUAGCCAAUUACUUAAUUGCCAUGAUAGUUUGGCGUGGAACACUCAAUUUGAAACCGCGUUUCGUUUCCUAAGUAAAUGUUGUCAACGUGAUGUAUCCGACUAUUUGAGCACCCCGCACCAGUCGUCAACAAACUCCGAAGUCCACAC